AAAACCGUAUUGACUAAGUAAACGAGAAAAGAAAACUAGCUAUCAAGUGAGAUAUUACCGUUGUCAGAGUAGAAAAAUCUAAACCAACAGAGAGAAAGCAGCCAUGGGAGCUCUUGAUCAUCUUUCCAACAUAUUCGAUUGCAGAGGUGGAAGCAACAGAAAGUACAAAAAGCGCAAGCAGUUACAGACGGUGGAGAUCAAAGUGAAGAUCGACUGUGACGGUUGCGAAAGGAAAGUGAGGAAAUCAGUAGAAGGAAUGAAAGGCGUAACGUCUGUAACUGUUGAACGAAAGCACCACAAGCUUACAGUUGUUGGAUACGUCGAGCCACACAAAGUUUUAUCUCGUGUGGCUCAUCGUACUGGUAAAAAGGUUGAACUUUGGCCAUAUGUGCCAUAUGAUAUUGUGGCACAUCCAUACGCGCAAGGUGUGUAUGACAAAAAGGCGCCAGCUGGGUAUGUGCGGUACGUUGAAGAUCCACACAACCAGUUGGCACGAGCCAGCUCUACUGAAGUUCGGUACACCACUGCUUUCAGUGAUGAGAAUCCGGCCGCAUGUUCCAUCAUGUGA